AAAUUAAUUAGAAAUUAUUUUGUUCAUAAAACCGAGAUUGUGCAAAUUUUUGUCCUAUUGUCUAUCUCGUUGUAACAUAUACGUUAUUCAGAAUUAUAUUUUCUCUUUUUACAUUGCCAAUUUACAUUACACUUUAUAAUUUAAGGUUUUUAGACGUAGUCUCUUCAAUCUGUACUGUCAAUUCUAUCUUGUAAUCCUGUCAAUUGGAACGGCUAUCAUUGCUUUCGAACUACCUGUUUUUUUUAGUCUUUUUGAAUUUAAACUGGUGGGUAUAAUUAGUUGAUGUAGACUAUUUUAUCACAGUAGCCAAUGCAUCCCAAGGAUUGGACACCUUUUCACCAAUUCCUAUUAAUUACUCAAAUUACAAGUAACUUCUCGUAAAUGACUUAAUAUUAUUUAUAAAUUAUGGACUCGUACAAACUUGAUGUAGAAUUGCCAAAUAAAAUGGCAAAUUUAGACAUCAUGGAAGUUGAUGAAUCCGACUCGGACUCUUCGCCAAAAAAGCUUGAGACACUAGAAUUACCACGAGUCUUGAGAAAGAGGAAGUCUUUGGCGCCCGAAAUAACUAAACCGACUAAUCGUAGGGUGAAUAUGAAACCCCGAAAACACAUGACAGAAAUUACGAAUCCUAAACGAAUUGAAGCAGUAUACCUAAACAAGAAAGUGAAAGCCUUAUCACAAACUCUAGAAACUAUUUAUGAAGAACCUAAGACUGAUAAUAGUAAUAAUGAGACAUUAAUUGGAGGCAGGAAGGUGAAACGACUGUUAACAUUCCAGCUAGGGAACCAGUAUACAAAAGAUAAAAUAAGAAAACGCAGGGCCAAAAUUAAAAAAUUGCUUGGUAACAAAACUUUUUUGAAUAGAAAGAAAAUACCUAUGCAAGUAUUUUUGAAAACUAUAGAAUGUUUAGAGCUAGAUGAAGCAGUACAAACUGAAACAAAAAUAAUAAGUAAUGAUAAAGCUGUGUGAACAGUGUUCAUGUAAUAAUAAUCAUUGUAUGAUUAAUACAUGUUUAAUCGCUUUUUUA